AUGAUAGGAGAUGAUACUGAGGCAGCACUUUUUGAAACCACUCAAGGACACGUUUCACACUUUACGAAAUAUUUUAAGGACACGUUUCACACUUUACGAAAUAUUAGGGUCUUCUUUUUCCCAAGCAUGGGACGUCAGGAAAUUGGGAGAGUGACGUCACAGAUUGCUGAUUGGCCAGCGGGUAUGCUGCUGCCAAGCGCAAAAGGUGCGGGGAAACUGCCCUACACCUCAGUCUGUGCACAACAUUGUGGGAAUCACAUCCAGAAUGUACCCGCCGCCUCCGCCACCAAAGGAUCCUCCUCCAAACGAUCCUCCUCCAAACGAUCCACUGAAUCCUCCUCCACCGCCUCCGCCAGAGCCUCCAAAGUUAUUGCUUGGCCCACUGUAAGUGUUGCUCACUCCCCCGCCGAAGGAUCCUCCUCCAAAGGAUCCUCCUCCGCCGCCGAAACCACCGCCCCUUCCGCCAGAAGAUCCGCCACCGAAGCGACCGCCGCCUCCACCGAAGGACCCUCCGCCGAAGGAUCCUCUGCCACCGCUUCCUCCUCCUCUAAAAUUAUUCCUUGGUCCGCUGUAACUUGUACUUACUCCUCCAGAGGACCCACCACCGAAGGAUCCGCCACCACCUCCGAAAGAUCCUCCUCCGAAGGAUCCACCUCCCCCAAAGGACCCACCGCCACCUCCUCCUCCACCGAAGUUAUUGCUUGGUCCUCCAUAACCUAG